UCGUUUUUCCUGUUACACCGGUCAGUACAUAACGUUUGGCGGGUGCCGUGGGUAUUACUUCUUACUGGGCCAACGUUCGCAUAGCAAGUCAUCAAGUCUGGAUAAAAUGUCUGCCACCAAAGUUCUUGGGGUUUCGCUGGUCUGUUUGGUUCUAUACAUUGCAGCCGUAGAUGCAGAUUGUGGAACUUUAUCGAAGAUCAAGCUUGGAGCAUGCGUGGCGACUUAUUCAACGGCCAAUGUUCUUAACCUUAGCGAGCGCAAGAGGCGUAUCAACGCUGGCAACACAGCCUGCCCCACUGAAAUCCUCAAGGACAGCUGCACAUCCUACCAUGCCAUGAAGGGGUGUGUCGAGCUUGGUGGCUUCCCUACAGGGUGUGAAGCGGCCUACGACAAAAAAAUCAGUGAACAAGACAUUAUGUGCACAAACAGUGAGCUCUACAACUUGUGUGGAGGUGCCACUGCAUUGAUGACUAGCUUCACUCUGCUCAUCACAUGUCUUAUCACCAUUUUCAACUUGUAACUUGCUGAAGAAAAUCAGAAUGUUCCAGAGUCCAUCGCGAACAAGGCUUACUAAGGCUCCAGAAGAGGAGCACCGCACUUAACAUUACAUAUAUUUUGAUGCACCAGCAUUGAACGUACUUUUUAUUAUUAAAAAUUUAAAGUAA